CCCACAAGACAAAUUAGCCCCCCUAAAGAACAACCCGGCCACGAUGGAACACCUUAUAGUCGAGGAGGACCACGCAAGUUUGUUAGCAGGGCUGAAAGAAGGCAUUCAGCAGAGUACUUCCAGGAGGACUCUGAUGAGACAGUAGCGGACCCUUUAAGCGAUAUGUCCGAAAGGAUGGCUCCAAUUCCCGCUGCUUCUAUUGAACCUUCCAAUAUAAGCACCUCUGUGGCAACAAGCCCAGAGCCAAUUAAGUCGGUCGGUACUAUGUCCUAUAGCGCUGUGCUCAAGAAUUUAACGUCAGAGACUACGAAGCCUAAAAACGCUCCCGCCGGCGGGAAGCCACCUAACCAGUCCAAAAUAUUUUCACGUCCUCCCCCAGGAUUUUCUCCUCUUCCCACCCACGGUGGGGACACAGAAAUGCGCAUGACGGUCCUGAGUACUAAGUCAAAAACAAAGCAAACCGCUGCAGCUAGCGGUGCGCCACGUAACAACCCAACACGAGCUGACUCCAGCAUGAAUUGGCGGAAUGAUGAACAGAGUACGCAGAGUAGUACACAACACCAGCAACAACAACAUAGAGCAAACAAUUCGGCACAAUCUGGGCAAGCUGUCAAAUGGCAACGGUCUGAUGAAUCAUCACAAAGCAGACCCCAUCGGACUGCACCCAUAAGGGAGAGUGGGCGAGGUAGAGACACGCCCAAUAAG